GCGGCAAAACGCAGCCCUCUCAGACUUUUAUUUUGAAUUUAUUUUUCUGGCGAAGUCUCGAGUCGCGUUUUUCACAACGCCGCCGGUGGGAAGACAACUUGGCUGGUUUGAAAACAAAACAGUUAAAGUUGGUUCAGUUUUCAUUUUGGAGGCAAAGAGGUCAAAGUGCUUUAGAUCACUGAGUGAUUAGAUCAAAGUUGAACAAUGUCUUACCUGCCAACUCUCUUCAAAUAUGUGGACGAGCACCAGGACCAAUACGUUGAGCGCCUGGGAGAAUGGGUCGCUGUGCAGAGCGUGUCUGCAUGGUCAGAAAAACGAGGGGAAAUCAAGAAAAUGAUGGAGAUGGCAGCCAAGGAUAUUGAGAGACUUGGUGGAACUACUGAGAUCGUUGACAUUGGGAUGCAGAAGUUACCAGGAGGUGAGGAGAUCCCUCUUCCUCCGAUAGUUCUGGGCAGACUUGGAUCAGACCCAGGCAAGAAGACUGUGUGCAUCUACGGACACUUAGAUGUUCAACCAGCCAACAUCGAGGAUGGUUGGGACACCCCUCCCUUCACUCUGGUGGAAAAAGACGGUAAAAUGUAUGGAAGAGGAUCUACUGAUGACAAAGGACCGGUUCUAGCCUGGUUCAACAUCAUUGAGGCCUAUCAGAAAAUUGGACAGGAACUUCCCAUCAAUGUAAAGUUCUGCUUUGAGGGAAUGGAGGAAUCUGGAUCAGAGGGUUUGGACGAGCUGGUUUUCUCCCGCAAAGAUUCUUUCUUUAAUGAUGUCGACUACGUCUGCAUCUCUGAUAACUACUGGUUGGGGAAGACCAAGCCUUGCAUUACCUAUGGGCUGAGAGGAAUCUGCUACUUCUUUGUCGAGGUGGAAUGCUGUGAUAAAGAUCUGCACUCAGGAGUGUUUGGAGGAUCUGUUCAUGAGGCCAUGACUGACCUCAUAGCUUUAAUGGGCUCUUUGGUGGAUAGCAAGGGCAAGAUUUUAAUUCCUGGGAUUUCGGACGAUGUGGCUAAAUUGACUGAUGAAGAGAUGAGCCUUUAUGAGAAGAUUGAGUUUGAUAUGGGAGAAUACGCCAAAGACGUUGGAGCACAAAAACUGCUACAUGAAACCAAGGAACAAAUCCUCAUGCACCGCUGGAGAUACCCAUCUCUUUCUCUGCACGGCAUUGAGGGAGCGUUCUCCGAAGCAGGGGCAAAAACUGUGAUCCCUCGUAAAGUCAACGGCAAGUUCUCCAUCCGCCUGGUACCUGAUAUGGAUCCUAAAGUGGUGGAAAAACAGGUUAUUACUCAUCUGGAAAAGAAGUUUGCGGCAUUGCAGAGUCCCAACAAACUGAAGGCAUACAUGGGGCAUGGAGCCAAAGCCUGGGUGUCUGACUUUAACCAUCCUCACUAUAUGGCUGGCAGGAAAGCUAUGAAGACUGUGUUUGGUGUGGAGCCUGACCUCACCCGUGAGGGAGGAAGUAUCCCCGUGACUUUAACCUUCCAAGAAGCUACGGGACAAAAUGUUAUGCUACUUCCUCUGGGCUCCUCUGACGAUGGAGCUCACUCACAGAACGAGAAACUCAACAGAUCCAACUAUAUUCAGGGCACCAAGAUGUUGGGAGCUUACUUCUAUGAGGUCUCUCAGCUUAGUUAAAUGGAAUUUCUGUCUCUGCUUGAGUAGGCUGGUAUAUAUUUAGGGAUUCAAAGAUAUGUUUUACUUGGAUAAGGGUACAGCCUUCUGCCCUGGUGGCAUUUAUAUGUUGGUAAGAAAAUGGCGUCUGCCAAUCUGGUUGUAUUAAGCAGCUGCAUUGCUUAAGAAAUGCAUUUGAAAUCUGUAUAAAAGAACACGUAUAAAGUUUAAAUCCAUAGAAGCACACCCGGUUCAUUUACAGUCCUUAAGACCUGUCUAUUAGUGUCUUAAUAUCUUAUUUGUAAGGUAUGGCUUUCAUUAUUAUGAACUAUGAUGUCAUAUUAUCGGGAAUAAUCUGUCGGUACACGUAUUAAAUAUGCACACCAUGAAAUGCAAAUUAUGUCAUUUAAUGAAACUUUGAUUACUUAUAUUAAUGCUUAUGGAAUUUAAUUGACUUGUAUGUUUUUUAAACAAAACUGUUUUUUUAUUCACAUGAAUUAAGUCUUAAUGAAGUUCGUUUAACAUUUUUAUUCAGUUUUAAGUGUUAUGUAGUGUAUUAUCACUUAAAUUUCAUAUUUUUUUGCUUAAAAUUAAAGAGACACUUUCAUUGUUGGACUGUUUGUGUGAAUAGAUAAAAACAAUCGGUAAACAGACCCCUUUCAUUACCUAGAAAUAGGUUUUAAUGUAGUCUUAUUCUUUUUUUUGAACAGUUGACAUCCUUCUUAUUUAGUUUCACAAUAAAAAUUUAAGAAGAGCAACCAUGAGCUAUA